UUUACCGGAAGGGGGCGGUGCUCUUCCUCUGCGUGCCGUGACGUAGCGCGGCUGCGGGCCGCCGACGCAGGGCUGGGUUUCCAUUUUCAUUACCAGAGAGGCUUGGGGAACAACAACAUGGAGCCGGAUAUUGAGGACAAAACGUUGGAGCUUAUGUGCUCUGUGCCUCGCUCUCUCUGGCUCGGCUGCUCCUCGGUGGCAGAGAGCUUGUGUGCACUGAGGUGUCUACAGAGCAUGCCCAGGGGCCACAAUCAGAACACCUCGGUCAUGGAGCCUCAGAACAACGAGCUCUCCCCAAAGCAGACCUCUCUGCACCAGGGAAAGAUCAGCAACGGACCAUCCAGAAAGAGACCGUCGGAGGGCAACUACGAGAAGGAGAAGGACGUCUGCAUCCAGCUGUUCGACCAGUGGUCCGAGGCCGACCAGGUGGAGUUUGUGGAACACUUGAUCUCUCGCAUGUGCCACUAUCAGCACGGCCACAUCAACUCCUACCUCAAACCCAUGCUGCAGAGAGACUUCAUCACCGCGCUACCAGCCCAGGGUCUGGACCACAUCGCGGAGAACAUCCUGUCGUUCCUUGACGCGCGGUCGCUGUGUGCGGCUGAGCUGGUGUGUAAGGAGUGGCAGCGUGUCAUCUCCGAGGGCAUGCUGUGGAAGAAGCUCAUCGAACGCAUGGUCCGCACAGAUCCCCUGUGGAAGGGCCUUUCCGAGAGGCACCAGUGGGAAAAACAUCUGUUCAAGAACCGCACGACAGAAGUUCCGCCAAACUCAUACUACCACUCUCUGUACCCCAAAAUCAUCCAGGACAUCGAGACGAUCGAGGCGAACUGGCGAUGCGGGAGGCACAACCUGCAGAGAAUCCAGUGUCGCUCGGAGAACAGUAAGGGAGUCUAUUGCCUGCAGUAUGACGACGAGAAGAUCAUCAGCGGGCUCAGGGACAACUCCAUUAAGAUCUGGGACAAGCAGACCCUGGAGUGCCUGAAGGUUCUGACAGGACACACAGGCUCAGUGCUGUGCCUGCAGUAUGACGAGAGGGUCAUCGUCACCGGCUCCUCUGACUCAACCGUCCGGGUAUGGGACGUGAGCUCCGGAGAGGUGCUUAACACCCUUAUCCACCACAACGAGGCUGUCCUGCACCUGCGCUUCUGCAACGGCCUGAUGGUCACCUGCUCCAAGGACCGCUCCAUCGCCGUGUGGGACAUGGCCUCGCCCACCGACAUCAGCCUGCGCCGCGUGCUGGUCGGACACCGCGCCGCCGUCAACGUGGUCGACUUUGACGACAAGUACAUCGUCUCCGCCUCCGGGGACCGCACCAUCAAGGUGUGGAGCACCAGCACGUGCGAGUUUGUCCGGACCUUGAAUGGACACAAGCGGGGCAUCGCGUGCCUGCAGUAUAGGGACAGGCUGGUGGUCAGCGGUUCUUCCGACAACACUAUCCGUUUGUGGGACAUCGAGUGUGGGGCGUGUUUGCGUGUACUGGAAGGCCAUGAAGAGCUGGUCCGCUGCAUUCGCUUCGACAACAAGAGGAUCGUCAGCGGGGCAUAUGACGGGAAGAUCAAAGUGUGGGACCUGCAAGCUGCUCUGGACCCAAGAGCCCCAGCCAGCACGCUUUGUCUGCGUACACUGGUGGAGCAUUCUGGCCGCGUUUUCCGGCUGCAGUUCGACGAGUUCCAAAUCAUCAGCAGUUCUCACGACGACACUAUCCUCAUCUGGGACUUUCUGAACGUUUCGCCGAACGGCCAGACAGAGGGCCGAUCGCCUUCACGCACCUACACGUACAUCUCCAGAUAGCAGGAUGAACAUGGCGGCAGGUGCGGUGUGUCCUGGAAGGUUUGUCUGGUGAUUGGCUGUGUCUGUGUGGGAGAUGGGAGGCCAGCGAGUGGACAUAGCCUCCUCCUCCUCCUCCUCCUCCUCCUCCUCGCUCCCCUUCUCCAUCUUCUCUCCGACUGUCUGGGUGUCUCUCAGCCCUUGUAUCAGCCCCACAAACAGAGCCUGGCCCCCCCUCCACACACACACACACACACACACUGGUGGGUCAGUGGGGGGGGCUGCGAGGCUCCCAGACUGAGUGAGCGUGGGGCAGGUGCCACCGCAGCGCCAGUGAAGACAUUGGAAGGGGCUGGGGGAUGGGGGUUUGGGAAAGGGGCUUCUCUGUUCUGAGUUCCGGUUCUAAGAUGCACAGUGUCCAGACUUCCUGUGUCUGGACAUCCUGUUGUGGCACAAAGGGACACAGACCCCCCAGGAGACCCUGCAUGUGCCCAGCAUCUCACGCUGCCCCCCCACCCCCCACGUCUUUACCCCCCCCUCCUUUUUUUAAAUUCCAAAAUGUCUUUUUCUUUGUAAUAUUGUACUAAACAUUGUAGUUUCCUGCUUUCCCCUAACCCCCCCCCCCCCCUUUCUCUUUCAUUCUUGCUGUCUGCCUGCUUAGGUUUUCAACGGUCUGUAUCUUGGAGCUGAAUUUAGCUGUAAACAGAAUUUGUCUUGUCAGAAAUUGUGUUGUAUAUUGAAAUGAUUUUUUUAAAGAAAAAAAAAACACAUUAUUAAGAAUAAAGUACUUGACUGUGAGGGUUUGGUCAUGCUGCCCAA